AUGUAACAGGAUCAGAAUCAAGGAAUGGACCAUCAGAUUGCAGAUAAGGAAAUGACUGUCUAGGAUUAGUUAUUAGAAUAAUAGAAGAAAUUUAGAAACUUGGAAUCCGAUAGAAAGGCAUAUGCCGAAGAAACUGUUGCAAACAUUAAAAAACAAAGAGGAAUCAUUGAUAAGCUCAAGAAUGAAAAUUACAUUCUGAAGGACUUAAUUGCCAAGAUGAAUUCCUAAAAAUUAUAACUUAAUUAGACUACAUAUUCUAAGGGACCCAAUAUUGAUACAAUAAUUGAUGAUUUGAAAGUAGCAAUCAAUGAGGAGAAGAAAGUGCAGGAAGAAAUUGAUACACAUGUUGCUGAUUUUCAAAAGAAGAUUAUAGAAAAGAGACAUGCUUUAGGUGGAUACAAUGCAGGAGCAGAAAAUGAAAGUGCAUUGCAAAAACAAAUUAAAAUCUUGGAAAAUAGAUUAGACAAAACAAACCAGAAAUUUAACGAAGCCAUUGCCAUCAAUAAAUAGUUAAGAUAAUAAAUAGAUAGUCUACGUAGAGAAAGAGUUAUUUUUGAUAAUCUCUAUAAAAAACUGGAGAAGGAAUUGCAUGAAAAAAGAAAAGAAAUGGCUGAUAUCAUUGAAACUGCUAAUACAGCUUAUGAGGAGAGAGAUAAGGCAAAUGAUUUAAUUUAAAGUUUGAAAUAAUAGGCAAAAAGAGAAUCUGCUGAUUUUGAAAAAGAUCUCAGAGAAUUGAGUUAAAUCAUGGAAAAAAAUAAAAAAACACUAGAUUAUAUGAAAUUAACAGAAAAGAACAGAGAAAUGGAUCAAUAGGAAGUAGUUGAUCCUGAGAAAUUCACUAAACCAAAAACCAACAAAUUAACGAGGGAUAAAACAGUCAAUUAAACUAUUGUUGAACAAAUCAUGAAAUACGAGGAAGAUUUUGCUAAAAUCCAGGCAGCCACGCAAAUUAAAGUAUUUGAUGAACUUAUCAAAAUAUUUAUUUAAAAUGAAGAAAAGAAUUUUUAAAUGUUUAAAUAUGUUAAUGAAUUAAGUAAUGAAAUUGAAGAUCUAGAGAAAUAAAUCGGAGAAUUAAAAGAUGAAGCAUCAUUAUAUGAAGGUCAAGGUUCUAAUGUCGAUGUUUAAAGAAAAAGACAUCUUAAAGAUUUAGAGGAGAAAUUAUCAAGAUCAGAAUCCAAAUCAGAAUAGUACGAAUUCAAAUAUAAUGAAUCGAUUAAACUAAUAAAUAGUCUAACAAAUUGGAUCGAAACUCUAUUCAAUACAGUUGAAUGUGAUAAGUAAAUGGCAACAGAAAUUGCUGGUUCUCAUGGGGUUACUGAUACCAAUAUGAUGAUUUACUUAGGACUAAUUGAAAAUAAAACAAAUAAGUUAUUGCAAUACUAUUAAUAAAUUCAUUAGAAAAUAUCAGAAAAUUAAAUCAAUUCAUUGCAAUAAUUAGCUUAAAUGAAUGAGAAAAACUUAUAAAAUAAGAAUAGAGCAGAAUUACCACAAUUUGAUGAACAUGAAGAUGAUGACAUAGAAGGAGACAAAAUAUUGUCAGUUGAAGAAUUUAAGAAAAAAGCUCUUGAAAAACUUGAAAAAUAAUAAAACUAAACAAAAAAUAAGAGAGCUGGACCUAAUAAAUUAAGAAAAAAUAAAUGAUCAUCAUUAAUUAUAUAAACAGAAUCAUUUCAACUCUAUUUU